UGCGCUUGCUCGAGCUACGGGUGAGCGUGCUUAUCGAGGACCUGCCUGUUGGUUUCGUUUGAGCUGUUUCUUUGGGCUGGUUUCGUCUGCUUGUGGAGUGAGAAAAGCAUACCAUACCUUCCUCUGCCCAUUGCACCUACCUACCACCACCACUACUACUACCCAUCUACUACUAUCCGGCCCGUUCGAAUCGAAUCGACGACACGAUACACACGAUGAAGACGAUUCUCAGCGCCUCGCUCGCCGUGACCGGCGCCGUCGGCGUCGCGCAAAACAUCCUCUACAGCCCCGACAACUACGCCUUCAACGCGCUGGAGCACCUGUCGGGCAUCGCGCCGUACUUCGACCCGCAAGACCCGACGCUGGACCCGGCGCCGCCGCAAGGGUGCAACGUGACGCGGGCGGCGUACCUAGUGCGGCACGCGGCCAUCUACGCCAACGACUUCGACUACGAGAGCUACGUCGAGCCCUUCACGGACAAGCUCAAGAACAGCAGCGUCGACUGGAAAGCGACGGCGGGCACGGCCGCGCCCCUCGACUUCCUCAAGGAUUGGCAGAGCCCCGUCGAGGACGGCGACCUCGAAGAGCUCACCAAAAUCGGCAUGCUCGAGAGCAUGAGCCUGGGCGUCGAGCUCAAUCGCCGCUAUCUCGGCUUCCGCCCGCCCCAGAAGAUCUGGACCAGCACCGCGGAGCGCACGGUCAAAAGCGCGCAGAGCUUCAUCGCGGGGCUGGACCGGCAGGCCAACGAGAGCGCCGUCGUGCAGGUCAGCGAGGGCAAGAAGGAGGGCGCCGCGUCCCUGACGCCGUACAAGGGGUGCCCGGCAUACAGUUCUUCGCGCGGCUCGGAGCAGUCCUCGGCCUGGGUCAAGAAGUACACGGCGCCGAUCCUGGCGCGCCUGCGCGCUGCCGCGCCGCAGUUCAACUGGACCAGCAGCGACGUCUACGGCAUGCAGCAGCUGUGCGGCUACGAGAGCGUCAUCCGCGGCUCUUCGCCCUUCUGCGACCUCAAGCUGUUCUCGCCCACCGAGUGGCUGGCCUUCGAGUACGCCAACGACCUCAUGUACUUCCACAACACGGGGUACGGCAACGAAGUGAGCGGGCACAUCGGCUUCCCGUGGGUCAACGCGACGGUGGACGCGCUACUCAACGACGAUGACAGCGCCGCGUCCGCCCAAGACCUCUACGUCUCGUUCACGCACCGCGAACUCCCGCCCACGGUGCUCGUCGCGCUCGGCCUCUUCAACAACACGGCCUUCAGCGCGUCGGACAACCAGAACGCCACCAUGCCCACCGACCGCGUCAACUACCGCCGCGCCUGGCGCAGCAGCCACAUGCUGACGUUCCUGACCAACAUUGCCGUCGAGCGCAUGAGCUGCGACAGCUACGGCUUCGAGGACGCCGGCUCCGACUUCUUCCGCGUCCUCGUCAACAACAGCCCCCAGCCCCUGCUGGGCUGCGAUGAUGGCCCUGGCGAGACCUGCGCCCGCGCUACGUUCGAGAAGUGGAUCGCUGAGCGCGGCCAGAUGUUUGGCCAGUUUGGCGAGAAGUGCGGCGUCGAUUACGAUAACUCGACGAAUGUGCUGGGCAUUUAUAACGCUUAGAGAGAGGGCGUGUGCGUGGAGGGGUAAUGUCUAAUGAGUAAUGCUACGAUUUGUAUAUUUGUGUAUAUUGAGGAGGCUUUUGCAGUCUUGGGC